AUGAAGUCUGAAAAACAGCCAGAGGGAAAGAGGGUAGAGACCAAGGAGUCGAAAGUAGAGGAGGAGGCAGAGUUGGAAGAAGAAGAAGAAGAGGACGAUAACAGUAAAGGUCUCAUUGGAUUCUUCAGUUCCUACCAGGAGCUCUUCCAGUUCUUCUGCAACAACACGACCAUCCAUGGGGCCAUCCGGCUGGUUUGCUCUAAGAGGAACAAGAUGAAGACCGCCUUCUGGUCAGUUCUCUUCUUCCUCACCUUUGGCCUCAUGUACUGGCAGUUUGGAAUCAUCUAUGCCGAUUACUUCAGCUUUCCAGUCAACCUGAACUUGAACCUCAACUCUGAUCGGUUGACCUUUCCAGCUGUCACACUGUGUACCCUCAACCCCUAUCGGUACAGUGCUCUUCAGCAUGAUCUGGAAGACCUGGAUCGCAUGACCCAUGCAACACUGAUGGAUAUGUACAAAUACAAUAUGCCAUUGAGACAGAAAACCCGUACAGGCCAGACUAGUCGGAAACGCAGAUCCAGAAGUCUACACUACCACAUCCAACGUCACCCAUUGCUUAGAAAGAAGCGAGACACUCAAGGCAGCAUGGAGGAUAACAAUCCCGAAGUGGGCAUGAAUGACUGGACCGUUGGCUUCAUCCUGACUAAUGAAAACAAGACUGAUUCUUUCCACCAAAUGUACUCAUCAGGUGUGGACGCUGUACGAGAGUGGUACAGUUUCCACUACAUCAAUAUCCUGGCCCGGAUGCCUGCCACCAAGGACCUAGACGAGUCCAACUUUGAGAGCUUCAUCUACGCCUGCCGUUUUAACGAAGCAUCCUGCAACGAAGCGAACUACACACAUUUCCACCACCCCAUUUAUGGGAACUGCUACACUUUUAAUGACAACAACAGCACCCUGUGGAUGUCUUCUCUGCCUGGGAUCAAUAAUGGCCUCUCUCUGGUUGUCCGAACAGAGCAGAAUGACUUUAUCCCCCUCCUCUCCACCGUGACGGGAGCCCGAGUGAUGGUCCAUGGCCAGAACGAGCCGGCUUUCAUGGACGAGGGGGGUUUUAACGUGCGUCCGGGCAUGGAAACCUCCAUCAGCAUGAGAAAGGAGACGACAAACCGCCUCGGAGGCAGCUACAGCGACUGCACCGAAAACGGGAGUGACGUGCCAGUGAAGAACCUCUACCAGUCCCGUUACACUGAGCAGGUCUGCAUUCGCUCCUGUUUCCAGAUCAUCAUGGUGGAACGAUGUGGCUGCGGCCACUACUUCUACCCGUUGCCAUCCGGAGCAGUUUAUUGCGACUACACAAAGCACUCAGGCUGGGGUUACUGUUAUUACAAACUCCAGGCCGAGUUCAAGAAAGGCUUCCUGGACUGUUUCAGCAAAUGUCGGAAACCGUGCAAGAUGACAGAAUACAAGCUGUCAGCUGGAUAUUCACGGUGGCCUUCUUCUGUCUCUGAGGCUUGGGUCUUUCACAUGCUGUCUCGGCAGAAUAAGUACAACAUCAAAUCCAAGAGGAAUGGAAUUGCCAAAGUGAAUAUAUUUUUCCAGGAGUGGAAUUAUAAAAGCAACGGGGAGUCUCCUGCUUUCACAGUGGUGACGUUGCUGUCCCAGCUGGGCAACCAGUGGAGCCUCUGGUUUGGCUCCUCCGUCCUCUCCGUCAUCGAGAUGGCCGAGCUGAUUUUCGACUUCCUCGCCGUCACCUGCAUCCUGGCCUUCCAGUGGACCUACCUGCAUCGAUCCUCUGACCUCCCCGCCACCAGCAGCCACGACAACGCCGCCUUCUCCAGUGCGCCUUCUAUGCCUGGCGCCCCACCGCAUCUGCCUGUCGUGUCCGAGGUGGCCACGCUGCCUUCCUACAACAGCUUGGAAUCGCUAGCCAUGCACAGCUUUCCUUGCAGGGGAAAAGAGUGAGCCCUAGCCCCACUUGGACCUGCUGUGGAUUACUGCUGGAAAGGGGACUCAGCUUCUGCAACCC